GGACUGGCAAGGAUUGCCAUGAGAUGGCAGGGUAGGGACUUUUCUCUGCUUGUUCAACCCAAAAGCCGUCUGCAUCAGAAUCUCUGGAGACUGAAGCUGGGACUUCCUUCCUCCCCAGGGGCCGGCAGGGGCUGCGAUUGCUGUAAGAGUAGGUCACGUGACGGGGCUUCCUGUAUGCCGCUGCCGCCGGGUGUCCAUGGCCCGCACCCCCAAGCUGCCAGUGCGGCAGUCAGAGUGGCAGCCACAGGCUCAGUCCAUGCCGUGCCCCCUGGACGGUACUGGUGAGGCUGAGCAAGAGGCCUCCGCGUCUCGACACCUAGGAGAGCAGGCACGGAGUAUCACCAGGAUAGAGGACCAUGUUGCGCCGUAAGCCCUCCAACGCCAGCGAGAAGGAGCCUACUCAGAAGAAAAAGCUCUCCCUUCAGCGCUCCAGCAGCUUCAAAGAUUUUGCCAAAUCCAAACCCAGCUCCCCUGUGGUGAGCGAGAAGGAAUUUAAUCUGGAUGAUAAUAUUCCAGAAGAUGAGUCAGGUGUGCCAACCCCAGAGGAUGCCGAGAAGAGCGGCAAGAAGCUGGGGAAAAAGUGGAGGGCAGUGAUUUCCCGAACCAUGAACAGGAAGACGGGCAAGAAGAUGGUGAAGGCCCUGUCGGAGGAGAUGGGAGAUACUCUGGAGGAGGGCUCAGCAUCCCCAACGUCUCCAGACUGCAGCCUGGACAGCCCCGGCCCUGAGAAGAUGGCGCUGGCUUUUUCUGAGCAGGAGGAGCGGGAGCUCCCAGCUCUCAGCCGCCAGGCAUCCACAGGCAGUGAACUCUGCAGCCCCAGCUCAGGUCCUGGAAACCUUGGGGAGGAAUCGACCGCACCGCAGUACACGGGCCCCUUCUGUGGCCGGGCACGAGUGCACACCGACUUCACUCCCAGCCCCUAUGACCAUGACUCUUUGAAACUGCAGAAAGGAGACGUGAUCCAGAUCAUUGAAAAGCCGCCCGUGGGCACAUGGCUGGGUCUGCUCAACGGCAGGCUGGGCUCUUUCAAGUUCAUCUACGUGGAUGUGCUGCCCGAGGAGGCUGUGGGACCUGCCCGCCCCAGCCGCCGACAGAGCAAGGGCAAGAGACCCAAGCCCAAGACUCUGCAUGAGCUGCUGGAGCGCAUCGGCCUUGAGGAGCACACAUCCACCUUGCUGCUCAAUGGCUACCAGACGCUGGAGGAUUUCAAAGAGCUACGGGAAACACACCUCAAUGAGCUGAACAUCAUGGACCCGCAGCAUCGGGCCAAGCUGCUCACGGCCGCCGAGCUGCUGCUGGACUACGACACUGGCAGCGAGGAGGCAGAAGAGGGCAUGGAGAGUGGCCAGGAGCCAGCGGUGAGCACAGUGGCAGAGCCCAAGGUGGACAUCCCACGCGACUCUGGCUGCUUCGAGGGCUCCGAGAGCGGGCGUGAUGAGGCAGAGCUGGCGGGCACUGAGGAGCAACUGCAUGGCCUCUCCCUGUCUGGGGCCCCUUGAGGCCGGAGCAGGGAUGGACCUGGCCUCCCGUGGUGGCCCUAGGCCGGAGGACUGGCACUGAUCCCUGCCCUGCUCCCCCAGGGGCCCCUAGGGCAGCAGAGGCUGGUCGGGCCUUACAGAUGCAACUGGAGUGCAUGACAGGCCACACGAGCCUGGCUGCCUCCCUCCACCAGCUACUGACAGCACAGCUCUUCCAGCUGUGGCCAAGGCAAGGAGGGGGGGACCAAGAGGCCACAAAGGCCUCCAAACUCUCCUUGCCUCCACACCAUUUUCCUUUGUUGUGAUGAUCCUGAAAAGGGGGCCAAGCCAGUGGUUCAGGUCCAAUCUCAACACCCUGGGAAAGGUGACCAUUGCAAAGGACUCUUAACUGAUCACAGAUGAAUCCAGAUUCUCAAAGGUUUGAAGAAAGCCACAUGUAUGUAUCUUUCCUACUUUCCUUCACCUUAAUUUUCUUACAGGUUUAGCCACUAAAUCAUUGUGCCACUUGAA